AUGGCUCGCAACAGCGAAAAGGCCCAAUCCAUGCUGUUCCGCUUUCGAGCGCAACAGGCAGCGGAUAUGGGAAUCAUCGAUAUUGGACGAACACGACGACCCAAGAACAUCACCAGCGUUGAUUCGAUUCCGACCUGCGAGCGCUGGCGUGGCCAGGUCCUGAAAGAAAUCUCCCGCAAGGUGUCGCGCAUUCAAGAACCAAGCCUCAGCGACUACCAGAUUCGCGAUCUGAACGACGAGAUCAACAAGCUCAUGCGCGAGAAGUGGGCAUGGGAAAUGCAGAUUCGCAAUCUUGGUGGACCGAACUACAUGCGGGGAUCGGGUCGAGUCUACGAUGAUGAAGGGCGCGAAAUUCCCGGUGGAGGCAAGGGCUAUCGGUACUUUGGUCGUGCCAGAGAGCUACCCGGUGUGAAGGAAAUGUUUGAAGCCGCAGCGCGUCGUGGCAAAGGGCCACCGGAGGAAGAAGAAGAAGGUACAGGGACCGGCCGUGGUGGGGACAUCGCAACGAAAAAGGUCAAUGCAAACUACUUCGGCUACGGACUAGAUGAAGAAGACGGCACACUGCUUGCAUACGAGAAGCAGAAAGAGAAAGAAGCGGUGGAAGGUUUGCGCGUCCAGGGCGAUGACGAUGCCGAGGAUGGCUGGGAACCGCUUCCAGGAGACUCUGGAGAUGGGGUGGAAUGGCGACUUCCCUCGUUAGAAGAAGUGCAAGAAGAACUCGUCAACAGACGGCGAGAACGCCUCCUUCAAAAGAUCUCUUGA